AUGAUGCCCAACAACGCCCCCAUCAUCCUCCUCCGCGAGGACACCGACGUGUCCCAGGGAACCGGGCAGCUGCUCUCCAACAUCGGCGCCUGCUCGUCGAUUGUGUCAUGCGUCGCGUCCACGCUCGGCCCGCGCGGCAUGGACAAGCUCAUCGUCGAUGCCCGCGGCAAGGCCACCAUCUCCAACGACGGCGCCACGAUCCUCAAGCUUCUCGAGAUCGUGCACCCUGCCGCCAAGACGCUCGUCGAUAUCGCUCGGGCGCAGGACGCCGAGGUGGGAGACGGCACGACCAGCGUCGUGCUCCUCGCCGGCGAGAUGCUCAAGGAGGCCAAGCCGUUCAUCGAGGAAGGUGUGGCGCCGCACGUCAUCAUUCGCGGCUACCGCAAGGCGGCCCAGCUGGCUGUCGAAAAGGUCAAGGAGAUGGCUGUGACGAUCGACAAGACCGACAAGGCCGCCUUCCACGACCUGCUGCUCAAGUGCGCCGGCACCUCGAUGUCGUCCAAGCUGAUCCACUCGCAGAAGCCCUUCUUCUCGCGGAUGGUCGUCGAUGCCGUCACGUCACUCGAUGCAGAAGACCUCGACGAGAACCUGAUCGGCGUCAAGAAGGUGCCCGGCGGCGGCAUGCAGGACUCGCUUCUGAUCAAGGGCGUGGCCUUCAAGAAGACGUUCGCCUACGCCGGCUUCGAGCAGCAGCCCAAAUCGUUUGUCGACCCCAAGGUGCUCUGCCUCAACGUCGAGCUCGAGCUCAAGGCGGAGAAGGACAAUGCCGAGGUGCGCAUCAACGAGGUGUCCGAGUACCAGGCCGUCGUCGACGCCGAGUGGCAGAUCAUCUACAACAAGCUCGAGGCCAUCGUCAAGACGGGCGCCAAGGUCGUCCUCUCGAAGCUGCCCAUCGGCGACCUGGCCACCCAGUACUUUGCCGACCGCGACAUCUUCUGCGCCGGCCGCGUGCCCGCCGACGACAUGAAGCGCGUGGUCCAGGCUGUCGGCGGGUCGGUGCAGUCGACGUGCUCCGACAUUGACCCGGCCAAGCACCUCGGCCAGUGCGGCAAGUUCGAGGAGCGCCAGAUCGGCGGCGAGCGCUUCAACAUCUUCGAGGGCUGCCCGCACGCCAAGACGAGCACCAUGAUCCUCCGCGGCGGCGCAGAGCAGUUCAUCGCCGAGGUCGAGCGCAGCCUCCACGACGCCAUCAUGAUCGUCAAGCGGGCCAUCAAGAACAACCAGGUCGUGGCUGGCGGCGGUGCCACCGAGAUGGAGCUGAGCAAGUACCUUCGCGAGUACUCUCGGACGAUCCACGGCAAGCAGCAGCUGAUCAUUGCCUCGUUCGCCAAGGCGCUCGAGUGCAUCCCGCGUCAGCUCGCCGACAACGCCGGGUUCGACGCGACCGACCUGCUCAACCGCCUGCGCAUGAAGCACGCCCAGGGCUCGCGGUGGGAGGGCAUCGACAUCGACGCCGAGGACACGGCCGACCUCAUGGAGCGCUUCGUGUGGGAGCCAAGCAUCGUGCGCAUCAACGCGCUAAGCUCGGCAGCAGAGGCCGCCUGCCUCAUCCUCAGCGUCGACGAGACCAUUCGCAACUCGGCUUCGGACCAGAGCGGACCCGGCCCCAAGGCGCCGCCGGGCACCGCGCAACGCGCCCUGAGGGGCAGGGGAAGGGGUGGCAUGCCCCGCCGCUAG